AUGGAGGAGAACCACAAGAGAAGUCACUGGGCCCUGCUCAACCCAGGAGACGACAACGAACUGGAGGUGUUCGGCUACCAGACCCAGGCGCUGCGGAGAGCCCUUUGCCUGCUGGGUUCAGUGCUGUCCUUCGGCCUCCUCAGGCUCCUCUUCUACUGGCGCCCACAGUGGAAUGUGUGGGCACACUGUGUGCCAUGUCCCUUGAGAGAAGCCGACAUUGUUUUGCUUCGGACAACGGACGAAUUUCAGAAAUACACAAGGAAGAAAGUGAUCUGUCUAUACCUGUCAGUUCUGAAGAACCCCAUAAACCUCAAAUCAGGAGACAUUGUUGUUGCUGACCGUCAUUCGGUCAUAAAUCGAGCUGUACUGAAGCCAGAGCUGAAAGUACGUUGCAUCCAAGUGCAGAAAAUCAGGUAUGUGUGGGACAACGUGGAAGAGCGGUUCCAGAAAGUUGGGCUGCUGGAAGACAGCAACUCCUGUUCUGACAUCCAUCACACAUUUGGCCCCGGCCUGAGGAAGGAAGAGCAAGAGAUCAGGAGGUUGAUUUGUGGACCAAAUGCUAUUGAAGUGGAAAUUCAGCCUAUUUGGAAGCUGCUUGUUAAACAGGUCUUGAAUCCAUUUUAUGUGUUCCAAGCAUUCACCCUGACUCUGUGGCUGUCUCAAGGUUAUAUCGAGUAUUCCGUAGCCAUCAUCAUUCUGACCAUCAUCUCCAUUGUCUUGAGUGUCUAUGAUCUCCGGCAGCAAUCGGUCAAUCUGCACAACCUCGUGGAGGACCACAACAAGAUCCAGGCCACCAUCCAAAGCAGGGAGGAGGGCCUGCAAGAAGUUGAGUCCCGCCUCUUGGUGCCUGGAGAUAUCCUUGUCCUGCCAGGGAAGUUUUCCUUGCCGUGCGAUGCUGUCUUGAUCGAUGGAAGCUGCAUUGUGAACGAGGGCAUGCUGACAGGGGAAAGUAUUCCAGUUACCAAGACCCCCUUGCCCCAGGUGGAGAGCACCAUGCCGUGGAAGUCUCAUAGCCUGGAGGAUCACCGGAGGCACGUCCUCUUCUGCGGGACUGAGGUCAUUCAGACUAAGCAGGCAGGUGCAGGCCCCGUCAGGGCAGUUGUUCUGCAAACAGGUUUCAAUACUGCCAAAGGUGACUUGGUGAGAUCCAUCCUCUAUCCACGGCCGCUCAACUUCCAACUCUAUAAUGACGCCUUUAAGUUCAUCGUCUUUCUCGCUUUCCUGGGGGUUGUCGGUUUCUUCUAUGCCUUUGGUGUCUACAUGUACCAUGGGACUUCUGCAAGAGACACUGUGACGAUGUCGCUGCUCCUUCUCACCGUCUCGGUUCCUCCUGUGUUACCAGCGGCCCUGACCACAGGGAUUUUUUAUGCUCAGAAGAGGUUGAAGAAGAAGAAAAUAUUUUGCAUCUCCCCACAGAGAAUCAACAUGUGUGGGCAAAUCAACCUCGUUUGUUUUGACAAAACCGGCACACUGACUGAAGACGGCUUGGAUCUAUGGGGUGCUGUCCCUGUGAUGGGAAACUGUUUCCAGGAGGUCCAUAGCUUCACGUCAGGCAGCGCUCUGCCCUGGGGCCCCCUCUGUGGAGCCAUGGCCAGCUGCCACUCCCUAAUCGUUCUGGAUGGGACCAUCCAAGGAGACCCCCUGGACGUCAAGAUGUUUGAAGGCACCAACUGGGUCAUUGAAGAUGCCUCUGGGGGCUACAGUGACUCUGGAAUACCGGCUUCCAGCCUAAUCAUCAAGCCGGGCCCCAGAGCAAGCCAAACUCCAGCAAAAGCAGUGGCCAUUGUGCAUCAGUUUCCAUUUUCUUCUGGCCUGCAGAGGAUGUCAGUCAUUACUCAACAGAUCGGCAAAGACCACUUGGAUGCAUACAUGAAGGGAGCCCCAGAGAUGGUGGCCAGCUUUUGCAGACCAGAAACAGUUCCUCCAAAUUUCCAGAAGGAACUGAAGCUUUACACUAUGCAAGGUUUCCGUGUCAUCGCCCUUGCUCACAAACCUCUGGAGGCAGGGAAGCACCCAGAGGCGGGCACUUAUACCAGGGAGGAAGUUGAGUCAGAGCUAACAUUUCUAGGCCUACUGAUCAUGGAAAAUCGCUUGAAAAAAGAGACCAAGCCUGUCUUGAGAGAGCUGAGCAGUGCUCGCAUCCGCACAGUCAUGAUCACAGGGGACAACCUUCAGACUGCUGUUACAGUUGCAAAAAAUUCUGAAAUGAUUCCUCAAGGUAAUAAGGUGAUCCUCAUCGAGGCCAAUGAGCCAGAAGGAUUCUUUCCUGCAUCUGUGACCUGGAACCUGCUAGAGAACAGAGAGGAUGGGCACAGCAAUAAGGUACACCUGUCUGAGAGCCUGCUCCACCGUAUGGAGACCUGCCUCCCCAUCGGAGACCCCUCCAUCCCUGAGGUGGGGCGAGGAGACGAUUACCACUUUGCCAUGAGUGGGAAAUCCUACCAAGUGAUCACCCAGCAUUUCGGCAAUUUGCUCCCCAAAAUCCUGGUGAACGGAGCCAUUUUUGCCAGGAUGUCUCCUGGACAGAAAUCAAGCCUUGUGGAAGAAUUCCAGAAAUUAAAUUACUAUGUUGGCAUGUGUGGUGAUGGAGCGAAUGACUGUGGGGCUUUGAAAAUGGCCCAUGCUGGCAUCUCGCUGUCUGAGCAGGAGGCAUCUGUGGCUUCCCCCUUCACCUCCAAAACACCCAACAUAGAGUGUGUGCCGCACCUGAUCAGGGAAGGACGAGCUGCCUUGGUCUCUUCCUUUGGAGUGUUUAAAUACCUAACCAUGUAUGGGAUAAUUCAGUUCAUUGGCACAUCUCUGCUUUAUUGGCAGUUGCAGCUUUUUGGGAACUACCAGUAUCUCAUGCAGGACGUGGCCAUCACCCUGAUGGUCUGUCUAACAAUGAGCUCCACUCAUGCAUACCCAAAGCUGGCUCCAUACCGACCUGCCGGACAGCUCAUCUCACCCCCCCUGCUGCUCUCUGUGUUUCUGAACACCUGUUUUUCAGGCAUUGUGCAGAUCUGGGCUUUCCUCUUUGUGAAGCAGCAGCCUUGGUACUGUGAAGUACAUCGCUACAGUGGGUGCUACAUGGUCAACCGAAGUGAUUCCUUCUCCAAUGCCAGUGUAGUCAGCAACUUGACGAUGGGGAAUGGGACACUGACUCCGAAUUCCAUCCUGAGUUUUGAGAGCACCACCCUGUGGCCCAUUGCCACACUCAACUGCAUCAUAGUGGCCUUCAUCUUCUCAAAGGGGAAGCCAUUCCGAAAGCCCAUCUACACGAACUAUCUCUUUUCAUUCCUGCUGGUCUCUGCCCUUGGUGUGACAAUUUUCAUUACAUUUGCUGACAUUCCUGUGAUAUAUAGCGGAAUGGAGCUCAUCCCAACAAUCACAACAUGGAGGAUUUGGGUUCUUGCAGCAUCACUCGUCCAGUUCUGUGUGGCGUUUUUUGUGGAGGAUGCCAUCCUUCAAAACCGAGAGUUCUGGCUGCUGGUCAAGAAAAAAUGGGGGGUACACUCUAAGAGUCAGUAUAGGAAAUGGCAGAGGAAGCUAGCGAAGGACCCCAGCUGGCCCCCCACGAACAGAACAGAUUACUCAGGAGAAGGCAAAAACGGCUUCUAUGUCAACCCUGCCUUUGAAAACAGUGAGUCAACACCGGUUCAGAAGAUCGAUGUCAUAGGGCGCAGCACGGAGCAGCAUUUCUGGACCCGGCUUUGAAAACCAGGCCUUACCCGCCUCAUGUGAAACCUUGCCAGGCUUUGUUGAUUGACCUGCGGAUGAGAAGCAUCUGUUUUGAUCAAGUUCAACCUGGAGGAGAAGGGAUGAGAUUCUGGGCUGUUCUUUGGCCCUCCUCAUCCAAGGAUCAAAAAGAACUUUCCCAGUGAAUUAAGCAUCUCUCAGAGAAGAAGUGACAGAUGCCAGUUGGGACCAUAUACUCCAGCACAGAGACAGUGAAUCUCAUGGAGAGUAAUUUAUU